AUGGAUGCUGAAGUAAUCGGAUCACAAAACCCAGAACCUAUAGAAGCUGAAUCUGCCCCUGUUGAAGCUUCUUCUUCCCAACAAGACACUCCCUCAUUAGAAAGUGUAUUCAAAGAAAAUUUUAAAGACCGACUCUUUUUCUUAGACAACCUGAAAGCUGUGACAUCAUUUACCGAACAAAGCCAAGGAAUCGUCGAUGGCUUAGCAACUCGUUUAAAUAAAGAAAUCAAAGUUCUAACCAGAGGUCUCCCAUGCGAAAUCGCUUCUUCCAUCUUCGUGGCUAUUGAUUCUAACGAUUUCCGCUGUAUGGAAGGGAUUAUUGCUGGAUCAUCAGGGACGCCUUACGCUCAUGGUCUUUAUUUUUUUGAUAUUUCCAUAGGUAACGAUUACCCUUCUUCUCCACCUUUGUUUACCUUAAAAACCACUGGAAGCGGCCAAGCUUAUUUCGGUCCUAACUUGUACAGCAGCGGCUACGUCUGUCUUUCAAUAAUCAAUACAUGGUCAGGCGACCCAGAAGAAAUGUGGACUCCUAAUAAAAAUAUUUUACAAGUCUUACUGUCAAUACAAGGGCUUGUUAUGGACGAUCACAUCCUUCAGAAAGAGCCUGGCUGGGAUUGCUACGACGUCAACUGUGUGGACAGCAUUAUUUAUCAGAAUGCAGUGAAAUAUUUAUAAUUUAUUAUAACAAAUAAGAAAUUUAUAGGAAAAUAAUAAUAGGAGACUGAUUUAUAGACACAAAUUGUGGCAAAUAUUGGUGAGGAAUAUAAAUAUCAAGUAUGCUAUGAUUGAAAAUAUGAGGAAUCCGACCAAAGGAUUUGAAAAACUGAUAGAGAAUUAUUUUAGGAUUAAGCAUGACGUGAUAUUGAAAGAAGUCAAUGAGUGACUUGUAAAAGCAAAAAGUGAAACUAUCGACUAUGCGUCUGGGGAGUCAAUGGCUUCUAACUAUAACCCAACGUUAUGCCAAGAGAUGGCUUUUGAAGGGUUUUAUAAGGUCUUGUCAAGAGUUGCAAAAGAGCUCAAAGAGGAGUUUGAUAAUAGAUAUGGGGUUUCUGAUACACAAUUAGAUCUGUGGAUUGAAGAAAAUACGCAAUUAGCUAUAGAAACUCCAAAUACCGAAGAAGUCCAAGAAAAUGAAAUAGCCAUUCAAGACGCGUACCAGAACCCUCCAGUCCUCUCACCAAUGCUUCUUCCAGAAACUCAGCCUGCAGACAUCAUUCCAUUAGCUUUUAUUUCUAAAGAAGAACAAGUUUCAAUGGAAUUAGUCCCAGAGCAGCAAUUAGAUUACGUACCAUCAGACGACUUGAAAAUAUUAGAUAACUACGCAGAGGAACAAGUGUCUGAACAGUUCAUGCAAGUUGAGCCAGUCCCUGUCUUAUUUAGAGAACCUUCUUCAUCUGACCCAGAAGCUCCAGAAAGCACUCAUAUUUAUUUCCAAGAAUUAGGAAAUUUAAGAUUAUAUAGUUUUUCUAUAAUUGGGCUGGGUUUUGAUUGGCUUAAAUCUAUAAUUUUUUUGAAUAAAAUAAUGGCUUAUAUAAAAGCAGGCAAAAAUAAUAUAUUUUAUUUUACAAUUUCUAGAAGAGUCUGAAGCGAAUUUCAUAAAUUAUAUGUAUGAUAGAGAGUCCAUUGGAGAUAUAGGAUUAGCUAGAAUUAAUAAAGAAAUCAAAGCUUUGACCCGAAGCUUACCUUGUGAGCCUAGUGGCUCUAUUUUUGUAGCAGUUAAUCAAAGCAACCUCAGCAUGAUAAAUGUCCUUAUAUCAGGCACUGAGGAUACUCCAUACGAUCACGGUCUCUUUUUAUUCGAUUUAAAGCUGCCUCAAGACUACCCUAGCAAUCCUCCACAAAUGAACAUAAAAACAACUGGAUAUGGCACACUCAGAUUUAACCCAAAUUUAUAUGACUCUGGAUAUGUGUGCUUGUCUAUUAUAAAUACUUGGGAAGGCGACCCUGAAGAAAAAUGGAACCCGACCUAUUCCACCCUUUUACAAGUAUUUUUGUCAAUCCAAGCCUUGGUUAUGAAUAACGACGUGCUGCAAAAAGAGCCUGGCUAUGAAGGCUAUGAUAGUGACUAUAUGGAUAAUUUGCAGUAUAGGGCAAUUGUUACUUAUGGGAAUAUUAAAUAUGCGAUGACUGACAUGAUAAGAAAUCCUCCAGCAGAAUUCAAAGAUAUUAUAAGAAAGCACUUCUUAUUGAAAAAAGAUAAAAUUUUGGAAACUGUGGAAAAGUGGAAACAAGAAGCUUUGAAAAUCGAGAUGCCGAUCGUAAAUGAUAUAGUUUUAGCUCAUAACCCUACAACUAUCCAAGAAUUCAGCUCAACUGGCAUCGCAGAGUGCUUUGAUAGAGCUAUUGAAGAACUCAAAGCCGAGUUAAUAUCCUUUUUAAAGCAAAAUAGCUUAUUUUUCUACAAAAUUUUGCUGUUUUUUAUAUAAAUUUAAUUAAAAUUUCCAAUUUUCCUCACACAUUUUUCAUUAUUAUUAUAAAUCUUAAAUAG